UGCGGGGAUCCAGAUGCACGACUGUGUGCAGUAGCCUGUAGACAGCUCGGAUUCCAGCGCAGGAGAGAGCGAAUGCAAAAACAUACUUAAAUCCGAAGAAAGCUGAAAGAGAAGGGCAAAAGAGCCGUGCAUUUACAGCGCCAGCUGCGUACCAACGUGUCUUGAGGUCUUGGAAGUAAAACUGCAACAAAUUCGGAAUAAACGGAUACACGACUGCUGUAGCCGAAUGCAUAGCUCACUCAUGAACUCGUUUGGAAUACAGUGUAUCAGAAUGGAAACGCAGCGUGGAAUUAUCGGCGCUUUUAGCUUGUGAACUGAAGUCCUCUUUUCUUCUGCUUUUGCGCCUUUUUAUUUUGGAUUGUGUUUUAUACUUUCUGUUAUUGGUUAGGUCUGUUAGAUUCUUUCUAUAUUUUAUGUAAUUUGGCAUCCCACAGCAUUUUUUGGUUUUAAUCUUUUCGGUUUCCCGAAGACUAGAGGUUCGUUGGAAGGAUAGAUUGUGAAAAGAUUAUGCGUUACGCUGCUGAAAGGUACUCAUUCUUCUAAACUGAGACGUGUCAUGGAUGACAAACUUCAUUUGUAUCUACGAAACAAAUCUGGGUAUAUCGAAUAACUACUGCUGACAGAGAUCAGGACAAAUGACAUAGGAUGAACACUGCUGGUCAGCUUUGUCUGUCUGUGCUGUCGUCCCUUCUCGCACUGGCCUGGGGGGUGGAGCCGCCGGGCCAGGCUGCCCCCUGCUCCUCCCUGGUGGCGGGGGUCCUGUACGGCUCCUUCUCACUCAGGGACCUUUUCCCCAGCCCCCUUUCCCUGGCCUCGGGGUGCUCGUGGACAAUAGAGAACCCUGACCCCACCAAGUACUCCCUCUAUUUCCGUUUCAACCGCCACGCCGGGGUGUGUCUGGCACUCUCACCGUUGGUCCUGCCCCUGGACCACUACCUUGCCAAUCAGACUUGCGGCCCACCAGAGCCCCCCUCUGCCUCUGACGCAGAGGCAGUGCAGUUGUGCCUGGUCCCUGGGCCUCACACCUUCCUGCAGUUUGACAAGAACUUUGUACAGCUGUGUCUGGCCACCCAGCCUGGCCAGGGCUCUGAGGGUGAUGGGCAAUCAGCGGAAGAGAAGGCACACGUGUCUGCUGAGAUGCUGGACUUCAGACUUGUGGAAGUGCUACUGAUCAACAAUGAGAACUCCAGCCAGUUCACGUGUGGUGUACUGUGCCGUUGGUUCGAGGAGUGCCUGCGCUCCAGUCAGGGACCCAGCUUGGGCCGGACACGGGCCGGAUGCAGCAUCAGUCAGACAGGCUGUGUUUGUGCCAACUCGGGGCCUCCGGUGCCGCUACUGCCCACCACACCCCACAACCGUUCCUUAGACCCUAGUGCCAGUGUGCUGCUGCCCCCGCCUGAUGACUGCUGUGUCACCCAGCUGCAUUCCAAGAAUGCCAUCGCCAUAGCACCCAGGGAGGUGCGACAAGACCCUGAUGAUGAUGAACAGAAGGUGAAAACUCAGAGGCCGAGGUCAGCUGACCAGCCAGGAGUGUUCCAGGCCCAGACAGGUGAUCCAGCAGCAGAGGAGUGGUCUCAGUGGAGUGUGUGCUCACUGACGUGUGGACAGGGCUGGCAGGUGCGUACACGUUCCUGUGUGUCCUCUCCGUAUGGGACGCUGUGCAGCGGCUCACUGAGAGAGACGCGUCUCUGCAACAACACCGCCACCUGCCCAGGUGAGCCAGGGCGUCCCCCAGUUGAGGGCCAGUGGUUGGACUGGGCUACUUGGACCCACUGCUCUGUAUCGUGUGGUACAGGGACCCAGCAGAGACAGCGCCGCUGUAGUGUGUCUGUGCAUGGCUGGUCUGAGUGCAAGGGUCCACAUGCAGAAACACGGGAGUGCACCACCCCAUCCUGUGGUGCUGGAGGAAACUGGGGCGCAUGGAACCCCUGGAGCCUGUGUUCCAAGACGUGUGACUCUGGCUGGCAGCGCCGCUUCCGCAUGUGCGAGGGCACAGGCAUCCAGGGCUACCCCUGUGAUGGCUCCGGGGAGGAAAUUCGUGCCUGCAAUGACAAGAAAUGCCCAGCAUCUCAUGAGAUCUGCAAGGAUGAGUACCAGGUUUCUCUGACAUGGAAAAGAACUUCAGCUGGAGAGACUGUCUACAACAAGUGUCCAUCAAACGCCACUGGAUCUGCUAGUCGUCGUUGUUUGCUGGACGCUAAUGGAGUUGCUUACUGGGGUCCUCCGAGCUUCGCCCGAUGCAUCUCACUUGAAUAUAGAUAUUUACAUUUAUCUUUACGAGAGCAUCUUGCGAAGGGUCAGAGGACCCUGGCAGGGGAGGGCAUGUCUCAGAUCGUGAGGAGUCUCCUGGAGUUAAUGUCCCGUCGCAACUAUUACAGCGGUGACCUCUUAUUCUCCGUGGAGAUUCUCCGAAAUGUGACGGACACCUUCAAGCGAGCAACCUACAUCCCAGCUCCCGACGACGUGCAGAAAUUCUUCCAGAUAGUCAGCUUAAUGUUGGAUAUGGACAACCUUGAGAAAUGGGAAGACGCUCAUCAGGUCUCUCCAGGUGCAGUCCUACUAAUGCGUGUGCUAGAAGACUUCAUCCAUCUCAUUGGGGAGGCUCAGAAGCCAUUCCAGAGCUUUCUAGUUGUUACCACUAACCUCAUAAUAACUAUCCAGCGAGAGCCGGUCUCAGCCGUCUCCAGUGACAUUAACUUCCCCAUGAAGGGGAGGAGAGGGAUGAAAGACUGGGCACGCUUAGCAGAUGACAAGCUCUUCAUCCCAAAAGAGGUCUUCACUCUGUCCUCUGAUGAAUCCGAUGAGGCGCCGUACUUCGUCAUUGGAGCCAUCCUGUUCCGCACCCUCAGCUACAUCCUGCCACCACCAAAAGAUCCACUGGUGAUCAACUCAAAGAUUUUGAGUGUAACAGUACGUCCUCUACCCAAACCCACUGAGCCGGUGGUGGUGGUGGAACUGGUACCUCUGCUGAAUGGCACAUCGGAGCCUCAGUGUGUUGUCUGGGACCACAACAGUCCAGAGGCUGGUGGAGAAAACUGGGACACAGAGGGCUGCCAAACACUCCUAUCCUCAGCACCUUACACUAAAUGUCUCUGCAGCCAGAUCUCUACCUUUGCAGUGUUAUCCCAAAGAGCUAAAGAUCCGGACAUGGGACCCUCCAGCUUCCCGUCCGUGCCGCUCAUGGUGGGCUGUGGGGUUUCCUGCACUGCUCUGUUCAUCCUGUUGCUCAUCUAUGCUGCCUUCUGGAGGUACAUUCGCUCCGAGAGGUCCAUCAUCUUAGUGAACUUCUGCUUGUCUAUACUGGCCUCUAAUGUGCUUAUUUUGGUGGGACAGUCCCAAACACUUAGCAAGGGACUGUGCACCAUGACCGCUGCCUUCCUGCAUUUCUUCUUUCUGGCCUCUUUCUGCUGGGUACUGACAGAGGCAUGGCAGUCUUACCUCGCAGUGAUUGGCAAGAUCAGAACACGUCUCAUUCGCAAGCGUUUCCUGUGCCUGGGCUGGGGCUUGCCGGCCCUUGUUGUUGCUGUAUCUGUAGGAUUCACCAGAGCUAGAGGUUAUGGGACACCAAGCUACUGCUGGUUGUCUCUGGAAGGAGGCCUACUCUAUGCUUUUGUAGGCCCUGCUGCUGUCAUUGUUCUGGUGAACAUGCUAAUUGGAAUAGUAGUCUUUAACAAGCUCAUGUCUAGAGAUGGAAUCUCAGACAAGUCCAAGAAGCAGCGAGCAGGUCCGCCGCUGGAGGCACGUAGCAGGCUGCUCCUCAAAUGCUCCAAGUGUGGGGUGAUCUCCAGCACCGCUCUGUCCAGCUCCACCGCCAGCAGCGCCAUGGCUUCGCUGUGGAGCUCCUGCGUGGUGCUCCCCCUUCUGGCGCUCACGUGGAUGUCGGCUGUGCUGGCCAUCACAGACCGGCGCUCCACCCUUUUCCAGGUGCUCUUCGCUGUCUUCGACUCAGUGCAGGGCUUCGUCGUCGUCACUGUGCACUGUGCCAUGCGGAGAGAGGUCAGUGGGCAUCUCCUUCAGAGACCAGUACAGGAUGCAGUACGCUGUAGGAUGGGUGGAUGUAAGGAUGACAGUGAGAACUCUCCAGAUUCCUGCAAAAAUGGCCAGGUGCAGAUCAUGACUGACUUUGAGAAAGAUGUGGACCUAGCAUGCCAAACAGAGAGAGGACAUCCAUUCAUCUUUAAGGAGGUGAACACCUGUAACCCAGCCACCAUCACUGGUACCCUGUCGCGCAUUUCUCUGGACGACGAGGACGACCCCAAACUCACUUCCCACCAGGAGGGGGUUAACUUCAGCAGCCUACCUGGGAACAUUCCCCCAGCCAACCUCCUGGUACAAGUGCCCCCGCUGAGUACCCUGAAUGAGCUCAGUGAUCAGCCCCUGAAAAAGGAAGUCAACGUGGAGCAGCAGGGGCAGCGCCAGCGCUCUGGACCUGUCUAUUUGUGCACAGAGAGUAGCCUGAGCUGGACCCGUCCAUCGCCUUCCACCCCAGAUCCAGCCGGGGGUGGGUGCAGUGGUGGAGGGGAAGGGGAUUAUAUGGUACUCCCCCGGCGGACAGUCAGCCUCAAGCCCCCUCCCACGACCAAGGAUGAGGGCAAGCCUCGCAACAUCACAGUAGAAGACCCUCCCUUCCCCCCACCCCCCUCACCCAUGACGCUGCACCCGGGCGAGAGCGAGCCCUACCCCGUGGACUUCCCCACUGUGGAUCAUGUAGGUGCAGGCCUGAGUUGUUCCUAUGGUACACUCAAGCAGCUGCCAGCUCUCGCCAGUGCCCACAGCCAGCAGACGAAGCCAGGCCGGCCAUGCAUCAGGCAGAUCCUCGCCUCAAGCACAGCGGAGCGCACCAGGACCCUGCCUCGCAACCUUGGCAGCACCAACACCAACACCAGCCUCUCUGCUGGCUCCCUGGAAAGGAAAAGAGUACGGUACUCUGAGCUGGACUUUGAGAAAGUGAUGCACACUCGAAAAAGACACUCAGAGCUCUACCAUGAACUCAACCACUCCACCAAGUUCCACACCAUAGAUAGGUAUAACAGGGAUCCUGCCAUUUCCACAUUCAAGUUUGACUGUUGCCAGUCAGCAGACCCAAAGGCAUCGAACAAAGAAAAGAGGGAAAAGCGGUGGAGCAUUUCAUCAGCUGGAGGUGAAAAGAAUUCUUCGAGUGAUAACUCCAACAUGGAGGAGCAGCAUUCCUGGGACACCUUUAAGAACAUGGCUCCUGAUCCAUCCUGUGGCUCCAGUGGGCAGAAGGACAGGGUGGAACUGCACAGUAAGACCUGGGACACUUCCUCCGCAAACACCCCAGACACAUCUGAGGGGGACUUCCAGACUGAAGUGUGAGGAAAAGAUUUUGAGAGCCCACCUGCACCCUAAGCACCAGUGUGCCAUCGCUAAUGAGAAUGAACUACACAGAGAGCUAUGCUGAGAAAAACCAGAACUGCUUCCUUAUCGCCGAAAACUCCACUCUGAACUGCUUCUGUUGCUGUGUGGUCUUUCAUUCAACACCAUAAUGCUCGUGUUUCCUAAUUAUCUGUAAACUGAAUUCUACCUGCCAACUUUAUCUGUUUGUGCUAAGACUAUGGUGCGGAAAAUGGGAUUCAUGCAGAAUAGACUGUAGAGGUCAUCUUUUCUUCCUUCUCAUUGCAACUUGUACCAAUUAGGAAGACAGUGCAGGCUGAUCUAACUGCACGUGGAGAAAGAGAUAAUCACCUUGGGGCUGACAAUUUGUCCUGACAUUUUCUUACUUGGCUCAACAGCCAUCUGCUCAAAGGUCCCUGAAGCCGGCACAUUGUAUUGACAUAGACUGCAAGACAAAAUCAUGCCAUUUUAGCCUUUGGAAGUAAUCUGCAGUAAUGGAGAACAUGGUCGACCCUUCCAACUAAAAUGAAAUAACCCUUUAUUGCCACUGUGAUUGAAACUACUUUCUAUUUCCUCAACAAGUUAAGAAAGAAAUAGUGCUGCACACUUUGGUCCAUUUUGGGCCUAUAGGAUGUUAAUGUUCAAAAGACAGUAUUAUUCAAGUUGCAGUCUUUGUCAAAUAAAAGCAUUUCGCUAUAGUUAGCAUUGCCUUGAAGCAUAAAUACAUUAAGUGAAGCAGGUAAGUGACACAUUAUUAUUUUUCAAACUGUCUUUUCGGUUGUCAUGGGGUCCCUUUGCGUUGUCAUGGGGCUCCUUGAUCCCUCUCUUUUAUAAACAAUGUCUACCUGUUUUCUCUUUCUAACCACUCUGUUCUUGGUUUCUGAAGCUGUGUGUGAAAUUUGGUGUGUUGUCUAAGAUUUGAUUCCAGGUUCAAGUCAGAGUUUAAUACAUUUAGCUGUGGGAUAUCUGACUUCACUGGAUGGUGUUCGGUCUGUGGCUUCUGGCUGAAGUGGAGUUUUUCUUCAAUAGCUCUGUUACCCCUGCCCAGCUCAUCACAUUCUGAACUGCACUCUAUGACAAUGCACCCAGAACACCACUACAUUAAAUGCAUUUUAAAUAUACUCCAUACUCUAUCGCUCACAAGAAAAUCUGACGAUUGCCUUACAGUCAGUUUCAUUUUAUGAAACCUGUUUUGAAUAUGUGUGUUUGGGAGCAUGUAAGUAUGCACAUGUUUGUUUGUGUUUGUUGUGUGUGAGUGUGUUGUGACAAGUGUGGUGGACAUGAGCAUUGAAAGACAUGAAAUUUCCUUCCAUGACAUUCAAACAUUUAA